AACUUUCUUGGGUCUUGGCAUCUACUUUAAGCUUUGCUACUCAACAUUAGUUGGGAAUUGGGUGUGUCACAGAGAGAAAUAAAGAAACCGAGAAAAGACAGCGAUGCAACCAACGCUCCCUCUCCUCCUUGUACGCUUUCACACACAUCCCUACCUUCUUCAUCCUCGUUCGACAAUCUUUUGAACAAACCCUUCUUUCUUCUCAUCAUCGCCUUUUCUUUUCCACCGCCACUUUUUUUUUUUUUCAAUUCGCUUCAUUUCUGGCAAACUGUCUCUGUCACACACCCAAUAAUUGAACUCACCGAACCAAACCCCUCUCUCUCAAUCACCGAACAGCAAUUUCUUCACUCUACUCCUUUCAAGUUUAGGGCUUUUCCCACGUGCUGCCCCAAGAACACUGAUUUCCAGGGUUUGUUCUUCCCCCACCCAACCCUUUUCGUUUUUCUCUAUUUCUAAUCAUGGGUAUGCGCUGAAGUGUGGAAAUUUUUAAUUUUUAUUUUCUCGGAUCGGCAUGGAACCCGAACAUCAUGAUUCUUCGAACAUGCUUUUGUUUCUUCCCGAUGAUGUUUUCGCCAUCGUUUCUCGGUUCAUGUCGCCGAGAGAUGUGUGCAAUCUUUGCCUAUGCUGCAAGAGCUUAAACGCUCUUGUGGCAUCCGAGAAACUCUGGCUCACGCAAUGUGACUUAUUGAGCACAGUGCCUCACAAGGACCUUGUGGAAUGGAGAAAGGGUGUGGCUUCUUACAAAGCGCUUUGUCGUUUUCUGAUGAGUGUGAAACCUUUGAUUGGAAUAUGGGUUCAUCAAAAUCCUGAGCUUGGGAACGUGGUGUAUGUGAUGCCGGGUUUUGUUUCUGUUGUUGGGUGCAGGAUAAUCCCUCAGGAGCUUGGUCCUUUGGGGAUCGAAGAGGGUCCUAUACUGUGGGCUUCUGUGUUUGAGGUUGUUAGUGACUUGGAUGGUUCCAUGAUGUUUUUCCUUCAUGGGAGGGAGAAGGGGGUGAAUUAUGUUUAUCCGGGUUCGGUCAAGGUUGCGGACAGGUCCUGCAAUGUGCUGUUGCUUGAGGUUGAACCCGGGGGUUGUAGGAAUGUUAGUGCUUUGUUGCAGAGUAAGAGUUUUGUGCACCACUCGGGCGUGGAGGAGUCGUCGUCGUCGAGGAAGGUUUGUAGGUCAAAUAGCGAUGUUUCUAGUUCACAAAGGGUGGUUGGAAAUGGUGAAGGGAUGGUUAGUUUUGGGAAGUUAGCUUUCAGUGAUAGGAGGAAGUUGCUUGAGGUUACUACUAGUCAGGUUCGGCAAAAGGUUCCAGAUAAGAUGAUCGGACCGUUGUUUCCUGGGUUGAGGGAUGAUGAGGAGAAUUUUCAGAAGGAUUUGGUGCUUCUGUGGAAAAGGAGAUCACUUCUUAGUCAAAUGUAUAAGGUUGGUAGUGGUCAGAAUGAUGAGUAUAAGACGAGUUCUCAAGAGGCGGUUGAUCCAACGCAGUUAGAAUUGGAUGAUGUUAGGGCGAGUUUUGACCGUUCAAGGUCUAUCUCUCAUCCUCUGCCUGAGGAGGAUGGUCACACUCAAUGCAUCAAGAGGAAGGGUUUUCGGGGAUAUGUCUGGAAUGGCAUUAAACAAAUCCUUGGAAGAUCGAAUACGAUGAAUGCAAGUCCGUUAGUUGCCAAGAAGCAUACUUCAAACGGCGAGAUUAGGCAGGCGCGGCUUCAAGAAUUUCUUAGAUCAAGUGACACAGUAAGACUAAUGUUAAAAGCUUCAACUGUGAAGCUAUCUUCGUAUCGAGCAUGGCCAAAUAUGCAUGACAGUCGGUUUGCGCUUUACAAGUUGCCAUUGCGGGUUCCCAAAGAUGACCAAGAAUAUGCUGGUUUAUGGGGAGGAACUUUUGGUUGGCCUCCUGGAAAGCCUUCUGAAGACAAGCCUGGAAAGGCUUUAUUCUUUCUUCUGCUCUCUUAUGAGGAGUUCCAGGGACAACAGCUUCUCAUUGCAACAAAAAUUUUGGAAGGCACACACUAUGUGUUACAUCCUAACGGUUCAGCAAUGUUUACAGCAAAUAUCAAUGAUCCUUCAUCCGAACCCUUUCCCUGGGACACUGAUGCAGACUCGGUUCCAGUGAAUAUCAAGCAAGCUUUCGUGGGAGAGGGUAUUGCAAGUGGUUACGGGUUCAGAUACCCUGGAUCAAAGCCUGGUUCCCUCUUUGUUUUAGAAAAUGGUAUCCUUGCCUUCAUUUGGAAGGAGUCAAGGGCUGUUUUGAACUUGCAAAGACUUAACUUGCAAGAACUUUUGAAGAAGGGUGAAAGGGUACCUUCUCUGCCUCCGGUUACCAAUUUUUCAUAUCUGACAAAGUCCUACUCGAAUGUGUUUGCUGGCUUCCCUAGCUCUUCCAAUUUUUUGUCUUCACCAAGGUUUGCCUUAACCCUGACAUGAAUGCACAAUACUAGUAUAUUAGUGGGGCCUAGGAUGUGGGCCCAGAUUAGUAUGGAUUGACAAAGAGACUAUAUCCUAUAAGCUUCCUAGCUGUCGGUGGUUUCGGGAAUUGCAUUGCUUGUGGCUGUCAGAGAGUACACUUCCCUGCUGUUAUAUUUACAUGUUGUUGCUUCUUGUGAGACCAAAGAUGUAGGUAACAUUUGUCAAGUAAUGUAUUAUGUAUUGCUUUUGUUGUGAAUUAGAAUCUCAUGUUUUAUAGGGUAUAUCAGGCUGUUUGUUGUGAUAUAUGCGGAAGAAAGUAUAAAUUGAGAAUCCUCAUAGGCUUUCUCUCUACAUUUGAUAUAUAAUUUGACAUAAUUUCACCCUUGUGUGCUAGAUGGGUUACAUUUUCUGAA